AUGACCACCCUCAAGUCCGGCGACACGUUCCCCAGCGACGUUGUCUUCCAAUACAUUCCCUGGAGCCAGGAGAGCGGCGAAAUCACCUCCUGCGGCAUCCCCAUCCCCUACAAAGCCUCACAGGAAUGGGCCGACAAGAAGGUCGUCCUGUUCUCCGUUCCCGGUGAGUCAAUGUUCCCCACCGCAAUUCCCGAGGAAGAUGCUAAUCAAAUUCAAGGUGCUUUCACCCCCACUUGCUCGGUCAGCCACGUGCCGGGAUAUAUCAAGAACCUCCCCGGUCUCCGCGAGAAGGGAGUGGAUAUUGUCGCCGUCGUUGCUUUCAAUGAUCCCUUCGUGAUGAGUGCCUGGGGUAAGGCGAACCAGGUCCGAGGAAAUGAUAUCCUUUUCCUGACCGACCCCGAUGCCAAGUUCUCGAAGAGCAUUGGCUGGGCUGAUGCCGCUUCUGGACGUACUGCUCGCUAUGCGAUCGUCAUUGAUCACGGUAAGAUCAGCUAUGCGCAGAUUGAGACUGAGCGGGGUUCUCUCAAGAAAUCUGGGGCCGAUGCUGUUCUUGCUUCGCUUUAG